UCCUCACCUGAUUUAAACAUAUAUAGUUUAGUUUAGAUUGAAUAAUUAAUAGUUUAGAUUGAAUAAUUAUGAGUAUGACACCUGCUAUGGUGUUGCAACCUGCCCUGCCGAAGGAGGAGGACACGGAACCGCACGUCAUCAGCACUACGGCCAGCAGCCGUCAGUGUUACUUCCGUCACCGGCAACAGCGGCAGCUUCAUCAGCAGCAGCUGAGUUGAGCCAUCUCGCUACACUGCGGCCGGCGACUUUCCCGGGUUUCGUGACGGCAGUCACAGCAAGAGAAGGUGCAGCAGACGCGAAAGAGGUUAAUUCGUGUUGCAGCUCGAGAUUAUUCGAAACAAUCAUUUGACUCGAAUAACUUGAGCAGGUUUAACCGCCACGACGGCUCACGGAGAGAAACACAGAGACGCAGACGGACACGGAGAAGAGGAACUGAGAUCAACGGGACUUUCCAGGGUCGUCAGGAGACAUGGCAUUCUUGGGCCUCGCCCUGCUGCUGUUCAUCCCCCACAUGACGUCCGGGUGCCCGGGCGAAUGCGCUUGCUACGGGUCCACCAUCGACUGCUCUUUCAGGAUGCUGGCAUCUGUCCCAAGAGGCCUGCCUGCCGAUGCGGAGUGGUUGAGGCUGGACUACAAUCAGUUGACCUACCUUUCACACACCGACUUCCCCAACAGCGACAGCAUCGCGCGUCUGUGCCUAAACGACAACAGCAUACGGAAUGUCAGCCGAGGCACCUUUGACCACUUCCCACGACUUCAGAUGCUCUCACUUCACGGCAACCUCCUGCAGAGCAUCCCAUGGGGUGGAUUCGAUCGGCUCUCCAAUCUUAUCAUGAUUCGAUUGUACAAUAACCCGUGGAACUGCCAGCAAAUAGAUGUUCUGUACUUGAGUCACUGGAUCAAAACCCACAAAGACCUGUUUGAUGAAUACGACGAUGUGAGUUGUUCUACAGGCCUUAUGUAUGUUAAAGAUGUUAAGGAUCUUGACUUUGAGGUAAUGACCAAUGACAGUAAGACAUUUCCUACAAUCCCGGCAAUCAAAACAAGUAUUGCUUCUCCUGCAGACGAUUUUAGGUGCCCUUUUUAUGGUUGUCAUUGUAGAAAUGAAACCGUUGAUUGCACUAAUAAAAAGUACUGCUCAAUACCUCCAGGUGUACCACAAACCACAAGAAUCCUCAACAUGAAACACAACAAUAUACAAUUCAUUAAUGCCAAAGCCUUUUAUACAAUGCAAGAAUUACAACUAUUAGAUCUUAGUCAUAAUGAGAUAUCAUCACUCUCCAAUGAGACAUUCUACGGCCUCACAAAUUUACGGAAACUUUUUAUCAGCUUCAAUAAACUGAAAAUCCUUGACAGAAGUUUACUCCUUCCCUUGACUGGUUUAGAACAGCUGCAUCUGAACAAUAACCAGCUGAGAUGUCUUCACCAGAGUGCAUUUAAUUCGUUGAAGAAGCUCAGGUUUUUAAACUUGUCAAGCAACAAUUUAUCUGAAAUCCACAAAGGUACAUUUAAUUCACUCAACAGUCUCGAGGGAAUCAAUCUCACAAUUAACUUUUGGAACUGUAAAUGCAAACAUAUUUUACACCUUGUUCACUGGAUGAAAGAUAAUACUAAAAAGGCUAUGUUAGAAUCUGUGAUGUGCGCAGGUGGUCAUAAGCGUGUGGUUGCAGUCAGCCGUCCAGAUGUAAGCCACCAUCACUGCUUGUCUCAACGUGGUGUGGAGGAUUGUAAUUUAGGUCAACAUUUACGUAAUUCAUCAUCGGGUCACGAAAAUAACAGAAACAGUCAGGGGAUUAACAGUGGUGCACUCCAUAAGUUUUCUUUCAAAAUAAUAUUUGUUCUCUUUAGUUUAACACAGUGGGCAAGAGUUUAACAUUUACAAUAUCUCCCCCUCUCCCCAUGUCACCCUUCUUUCUCGCAGAGUGCAAGCAUCUAUCGAUUUUUUUGUUUUUAAGUGAUGUAAACGUAAACAUGAAUGCACUCUGUGGAGAAAGUUCCUAUAGAAGAUUUUUGGCUGGAAAAUGCAGUUACUGAUGGGCAGAGCUCGUCUGAAAGGCGUGAGGUGGAUCGAUACAAUGUGUAGAAUAGACUUCCAGUAUAAACCUUCCUCUAGCAAUGUUGUCUGAUUAAAUACCUUUUUUUGCACGCUUUCAUUUAACUCACUGUCUGUUGCUGUCGUAUCCUGAAAUCUUGUCACUCAGUUUUAACCCACUUCCCAAUGUGGUAUCGACUGCAACUUCGCAUACUUAUGUCGUACUGAUGACAAUACUAUAUUC